CCUGGCGCGGGGACCAUGCCCCUACAAGCUCCGAUGGCGGUGACGUCGUUCCAGACGCCGAUGCCGCAACCAUCACCUUUCCAGCCCCAGCUGGUCAGCACCAUGGCCCCUGUCAACUUGGCCGGUGCACUUAACGCUGCAGGGCCGUCGCGUCCCCCGCAAGCUACGGAUCCGCAGAUCACUCCUGAUGGUCAUUGCGUCUCAAUUGAGAGCGAUGACGGCGAGUGGGACAUCCCGAGGGCCCACAAGAAGAAGAAAGGAAAAAACAUCCGGCCAGCGACCUCCCGAAACUCCGCCUUCGAAAGGCUGGGGGAUAGGGAGGAAGGCCAGAGGAAGUCAGCCAAGCAAAGGCUGGGGCAGAGCGUUGCCCAUGUCAGCGCAUUCGCCUGGCUAGGCGAGGUGCGGGAGGCCGAGCCUGCCCGCACCCGGCGCUCCCGGUCUAACCGGCAGGAGCUAGCGAGGACGAGGGCCUCCCACCAAGAAGGGGAGGCAGAGAGCCAGCCCAGGUUACCGGUGGCGAACCGGUUAACCAUCCCAAACGACCAAGUCUUUUAGCUUUGAAGAGAUAAAAAUCAGAUUUAAAGAAUGUGGAUUUUAAGCUUCAAAUUUGGUUGUGGAAACCAAUUCUUGUGCAUUUUUGCACUUUUCAAAACAAAAUGCUGCAUAUGAGAAGGUUAGUUAUGUCAUGCAUGUGCAAAGCAGCUCAUAUGCAUCUAUUAAACAUCAUAAUUCAGCACAUAUGCAUCGGAUGAACUCAAAAAUCAGAUUGAACACCAAGAAAAGAUUGCAGAUUUU